UGAACUCAAUUGUGCUGGUGUAUAUAAGUUCUCGGGAAAUUAGUUAAUUUCGUAAGUAUAUUAUAAAUAUUCAAUAAUUAACAUUGUAACAUUAUAAAUUACAUACACAAAUUAUAAAUACAUUUUUAACAUUAUUUUUAACCGAUUAUUAUUGCAUUUUUCAAACUUCAAAAGUUUUUAUGACAACAAUUCUGUAAAGGGGGUCCUAUACAUAAUACUCUUUAUUUUUAAAAUUUUAUAUCCAUCAAUACCUUUUUAAUGAUGUAAAACUGCGCUUACGCGUACAAUAAUAUAUUCGGUAAAUAAAUAAAAUGUACCUAUUAGGUAAAUCAACUAACACGGUAAUUAAUGACGUUACCUUAAAAUAAUAAGUUAUUCCAGUAAAACUAAAUACUAUUAUUAAUCAUUAACUAUUAGUUGAUUGCUAAUCAAAUUUUUCAUUUAAAUCACUUUUUUUCAUAAAAUAUAAUAAAACAAUAUAAUCUAUAUAUUACAAAUUUACGCUAUAAUUAUCAUAAAUCAUUUUUUCUUAAUUAUUGCAAUGUGAAGAUAUGUACAAAAAUGUAUCAAUGUAUUCAUUAAUCAUUAACAACAACGUGUAAUUUUAUUUUUCAAAUUUUUACAUUAAUCUUAAGAACAAAUUUUUUUUUUCUUUCCACUUAUUCCACAAUUUAAUUGUAUAAUAUUAUGUUUCGUUUACAUUAUUCGUAAACGUGUCGUGAGUAUAAUGUACUAGACAAAUAUUCUAACGGUGCUUUUUGUUUAGUUUUAAACUUGUAUAAAUACUUGAUAUGAUUAAAAUUUAAACAAAACCUAUCUAUCUAUCUAUCUAUCUAUUUAUCAAAUUAUCAUUAAUAUUUUUUAACCAAGGGCUAUAAUAUUAUUUUAUUUUUUAUUACUUAACUAAUGUUGUAACUACGUGGCUUUAUUUUAUUAAUUUUUUUGAAACACUAAUUCCACAGAAAUUAGCUUUAUCCAGUAAUAAUGUAUAACAGUUGCGCAAUUUUAUGAUAUACCCAAUCGUUAAAAUUAAAUAUCUAUAUCGAUGUCCGUGUUUUAUAUAGACGAUUUGUUAGAGCACCUACAAUUUUUUCGCAAAUUUGAAUAAGCACCUUAAUAAUACCUCCGAAAUCUAUAUUAUAACGUACGUAUAAGGUACCUACGCGGUUGUUGUCGUUGAAAAUAACAUAGAUUAAAUAAAUGCACCCAGAAGUAACGAUUAAUCAUUGGUAAGAUUAAAAUCGUGUAUGCUAAUCAGCAAACCGGUUGUUUUGUGCUUAUGACGGUAAAUAGUGCCUGGGGAGCUUACCGCAUGUCCGUCACCUUUCCCCCGAUCGUAAUUAGUUGCCCGUGCUGUCGUCAUGAAUGGAGCAAUUUCUCGAGAGAAGACUUUGGUCGGUUGCCAAAAGUGGAUUUAUACUCGGGUCGAUGAUCCCCAGACCCCGGGUGACCGGAUCGUAUAUAAUUCAUUUUGAGUGUGAAUAAUAAUAAAAUUAAAAUAUAUUAUGUAGGACGUACAGGUAUUAAAAUAGGUACAAUAAAAUUAAAUUUCAUUACCAACAGAUAUCACAAUUUUAUUUAUACAUUAUAUUAUUAUUUGUACGGUUUGUAAUAUUGCAAUACACCCAGCGCCAUCCAUCCAUUAGGGCUGUACGCCUCUAUAUAAUAUGUGUAAACAGAUUUUUCAUUUUCAACAUCGAUUAUUAUAUACGUUUAUCGAAUUGAAUUCAUUCAGCAUAAUUAUAUACUUAUAUAAGCUAGGACCUACCUAUUAGAUGUUCUCGUUAUUAAGAUAUCCUACCUCAACCCGAAGCAAAAAUCGUUUUCCUGGCUACUUGCCAAAAUAUCGUAUGAAUGAUAUCCAGAUUGAUAUACCUAUUGAUACAACUUCACGUUCGGUAUAUCUUGUAAUUUUGUUUAAUACCUGUUUAUUGUAUAAAGUACGUUAUCAAAACUUAUACUUUCACGCGGGACAAAUUACAAGAAUCCAGUGCUCGACUUGGGGGAAGAAGCACAGUGGCAUGGAGUACCUUAACUAAUAUUUCAGACAUUUUAGAUUAGAUUACGACGUUUUUUUACCAUAAAAAAUGAUUUAAUCGAAAAAUCACAAGAUACCUUUUUGUUUUACUUUCUUACGGUAUUAUUGCUAAAAAUGUUGAGCCACUUUUGAGCUUUUAAGGAAUUUUAAUUUUUAGUAGUUUUUUUACUUAAUUCAGUUAUAAAUACACGUAGAGACUUAAAACUUGGUAACACUACUUAUACUGGACUUACCUAAACGUGGUAAAAUUUCCAAAACCAUCGAAUGACUUUUUUUUGUUUUUUUAAUAAGCGUUUGAAAUCAAAUUUAAAUGAAAAUCGCAAACAAAAUUACGGCACUUCAAAUUAUGUAUUACCGAACUGUGCUCAGAAUCGUCUUUCGUCAAGCAAUGAUUUAUUGUUGAUUACAGAUAUAAAUGAAAUAACUUUAUGUAUCCUACCUUCCCAACUUUUCACCUAUAACAGUAACCGCUUCCAUCCCCAGUAUCAGCUCUUUUAUUUUUUAUUUGUUUUCUGUAACUUGUUAAUUAUUUAACUAUGCUUGAAAAUUGACUUAAAGGAAUUGUAGGAAGUGAAGAUUUCCACAGUGUAGGUAGAGUUAAAUAACUGCAAAGAACAUUAAUUUUUUGAAGUCAUAUAGGAUCUUUUAUUUUUUUUUUUUCAAUUCGAGCACUAAAUAAAAAUCGCUAUAGAGUUAACAAUAUUAUUCUAUACUCGAUUUUCAAAAAUUAUGUAUUUAAAUUUUAUGUGUAAUCUUCUGUGUUUUCAUUUUAUGAUGCAACGACACUAUUUUUAUUUUAGAAUAAAAUCAUUUCAAAUUUCAACGAGUUAAUAUCAUGAAUUCGAAAUAUAUUUUAUCGCUGAUUUUCAGUCUACAAAUAUCAAUUGGAUUGACAAACUCCACUUUCCGGAAACAUAAGGUACCUAAUAAUAAUAUAUUAUACAUAUUUAUCACAACUUCAUUGUAAAAGUUAAAUAUACUAUAGGUAUUCGACAUUCAAUUUGUGUUUUAAUUUAGGUCCAUAACAUCGUACUGUACCCGGACAAGCAUUCGUGGUGUACAAGUACGCCGAUUAAACAAGUCAUAUCUGACGUAGAUUGCAAUCCCGUGGAGAUAGACAACCGCGUUUGUUUGGGCGCUUGUUUCAGCUAUUCUAUACCGAGAACACUUCCGGUCAACAACGUCGACGAGGUUAACUCGUAUUGCGACUCGUGCCAACCGAUCAAGACGUUAUGGAUCCCCGUGAGUGGUGUGCCCAAGACAAUGCGCAUAUAGGUAUAUUAAUAUUAUUAAAAUUCGUCCACAACGCUCUUUUAGGUGCAGUUAACGUGCACCGACGGGUCGAAUCGCACUAAACACGUUCAACUGAUCAACGAAUGCAGAUGCUCGUCGUGUAGCCGACACUGGGAACUCGAAAACCCGCCUACGUAUGAUGUCGAAGACGAAGAACUCCCCGCACAAACAUCGAGGUGAGGAGGUUGGGAAAUGACCAUUUGUUUAUUAUACCGAUUAACUCGCUGAUCAAUAAUAGAAUCCUUCAGAUAUUUGGAGCUAAUGAAACUUAAGCACGACGAAAACACUGAAGACGAAGAGAACAAUAAUAACACUACCGACGCAUCGGAGGUUAGUACUUAAAAUAUUUAUUUCACUAUCGUGUGAUAUUCACAUUAUAAUGUACGAUCAACUGAAAUCCGAAUUAUAUAUAUAUAUAUCGUAUAAUAUAGUAUAUACCUUUAAUUUAUAAAAAAAAUAGGUAUCGACUCGAUCGGUGAAUGAUUUGAAAUUAUGUAGGAAAAUCGGAUUCGAAUUUUUUAAUAACUUAGAUAAAAACCAAUUUGUUUAAACAACGUUAAAUACCAAAUGAGUGAUAAAAAGUCGGAAUCAGAAUACAUAAUCAUCAUAUAAAUACGUGGCAAAAUCAAAAUUAAGAUUAUUUUGAUUAUUAUUUUUUUACUCCUUAGUUCAAUGAUAUCGAUGGACUGCCAUUCAAUCCUAUUUACCACAACUACUUUCAAUUCGCUAUGAAUCGUCUUCUAUCUUUCCCUGUGCAUACUAUUUAUGUUACCUGGAUUAUCAAAUAAUCUGGUAUAGUUCCGUCUAGAAACUCAGUAGGGAUAUUAGAUAAAAUAGAAAUAAAUAUUUAGGCACUUAUCGCGAGUGUAGAGACACUCGAGACUAGAGAGUCUCGACUCUUAUUGUUUUGCAUUCUCUUAAUUUAAGUGAACAAAUAUAAUACUAUGAACAUAUUACAAUAUUGUAUAUCAUUUUUUUUUUUUUUAUUAUUUCAGAUGAUUUUGGAUAUCAUUAAUUCGACUAGAUUUGUUCACGAAAAAAACGUUUGGAUUCGAGGUCCACAUCAUUCAAAAGUGAGAUUAUAUGAAAUCAAAAUAUUAUAAAUAAAUAGGUGUAACUUCAAAUAAUAAAUUCGUAUUUGCAGGUGUUAUUGAAAAAAGAGAUAGUGAACGUCUCCUCAAACAUUGAUAACGAUGAAAAACACCAAUAUUUAGGAGAAGACAUCGCCGAUAAAAAUAAACUCUAAUGUGUAAUAAUAAGUAUAUAAUAAUAAUAAUAAUAAUAAUAAUGUUAACAACUAUUAAAAUUUGAUUUUUAAACUGAUCGAUUAAAAUUACAUUGAAUUUAUAACAGUUAUAAUAUUGCCUGUUUAAUAAGGCGGAAAAUAAUUAUAGGUUGAUACCUACAUCGGUGCACUGCCAAUCGAUGCAUGUAGUUGUUUCAACAACAAAUCUAAAUCUAACGCGUUCUUUUUGCAUUGCGCAGCCAUUUGACCUUCGGGCAAUUCUUUCGGUUCGUAUUUCAAUAUGUUUUCGGCUUGUUCUAAAUAAAACUUUGAUCUC